UGCAAUUGAAUUACUCCACAAUUCAAUGCCAAAUUAAACUCACCACGUUCAUCCGAAAAUUCGUAACAUUCACCACCACUACCAUAAUUUCCAAUCACACACACAUACAUAAAUAAAUACACACAUUCACCCAUUUAUGCUUCAUACACUCUUGUAACCGUACUAUACUCUCUCUCUCUCUCUCUCUCACUGCUAUGGACUUUUUCACGGAACAUCAAAUUACUCAAGGUUCCAACUUUUUUUACAAUGCUCAACCUCAACAAAUCGACACACCAGAAGACAAAAUCAUGGAUAUUUCACCGCUUGAUGGUUUCGUUGAUUUUAAUUGGGAAACUGAGUUCCAAAGGAAUGAACUUUACAUCAGUGAUGAGUUCAAAGAUCUUGAAAAUUUCAACUUUGACUUCAACCUUCCACACCUCGAACAAGAUUUUGAGGUCGACCAAAAACCCCUCAAUGCAGUCUUACCCCAAUUGGAACAUUGCAAUGAUGAAGGUGUGAGUGGUUUUAUUGAAAAUGGGUUUGUGAGUUGUGUCAAGAAAGAGGAGGAAGAGGAGGAAAAAGAGAAGCCAUUGUCAUUGGCAUUGCUUAGUGGUUGUUCUAGCAAGAAAAAAAGGUCUUCUUUAUUGGAAUUUGAUGAUAUAAAGAAGCAUUUUAAUGUUCCUAUAACAUUGGCUGCUAAGAGAUUGAAUGUGGGGUUAACCCUUUUGAAGAGAAGGUGUAGGGAGCUCAAAAUCACAAGGUGGCCUCAUAGAAAACUAAAGAGCUUGGUGUUACUCAUCGACAACCUCAAGAAAAUGGGUUUGGCUGACGAGGUUGUGAAGUUGGAGAAACACAAAAAGAUGUUGGAGAAACUUCCGGGAAUUGAAUUGAAUGAAGAAAUAAAAAGGCUGAGGCAGGCUUGUUUUAAAGCUAAUUACAAGAGGAGAAGAUUAAUUGGCUCUAGACCUUGAAUUUCACCGUCUUUGCUUUGAAAUAUUGGAUGUUAUAAGAGUAAAUGUAAAGAAAUACCAAACACAAGAAUCACAUGGAAACACACUCCUUUAACAAUUGAUGUUUUGAUAUUCUACUAUAGAUUAGGAAACUAAUUUGACUGAAGCACAUGUAUUGUUGACUAGAGUUUAUGAGCUGGAAUUCAAUUUGCCUAAGAUGGCUUAUAUUCACCAAAAAAGUCCAAAUAUUACCUACUAGGAUCUUUUUUCUAUACAAGUCAGUUUUCAACAUGUUAUCUCUUAGCGCAAAAAUAUACUUUUGGGAACCUACUAGGAUAUUACGCUCUUAAUUUUCUUAGAGUUAAAUGUUAUAUAUGGUUUAUUCUUAUGCAACACGUUUGCAUCUUAAAGAACAAAUCGGUAGGCUAGUACUAAACGUAGUUUUAUUUGAUUUCACUAUCUUCCGUGAAAAUGCUUUGGUAACUCUAUUUUUUAACCAACCAACCUAGUCAUGAUAGGAUUCAGUUAUUGGAGUUUCCUU